AAAUUGAAAUAUUCAAUAUUCGAAAAGAAAACGAACAUGAAGUGUAUAACGGUUUUGGCGCUAAUUUUAUCCUGUACCAUGGGCUCAAUGGCCCUGGUGGCAGCACCCAAUGGACCAGCGGUAGUGAUUCCCACACCACCACCAGCACCCACCCUGUCUCAGGAUUUAACGGAAAUUCUGGCCAUGUUGAACCCCAUACAAAUUCGUCAACUUAUGACACGCUAUCUGCUCAACGAUGCACAAUUCCAGGCAUUCGUGCGUAUCAUCAAUUCCCAGGAUGCCUUUAUGACCUACAUGCGUUUCCGUUCCCAACCGGAAGUAUUGACAUUCCUCUCAUGGGUACGAACACAAAUUAUGUUGUCUGGAGGUGAAUUCCAGCUGGAAGAGUCUGAAGAGCCAAUGACCAUCAUUAAUCCCGUACCGUUUUGGGCCAACACCGUAUUCGGCUGGCAGGGAUUUGCCAAUGAGUUCCUGUUGUACUAUCCCGACAAUGUGAUUCGCACCCAUAUCAACAUGAAAGUGGCUCAAAAUGGUAUCUUCACGCAAUUCUGGCAUCGUUUGAACGCCUUGAAACCUGUUUAUGAACGUGUUAUUGCUCUGCCCGAAGCCCAACGUGUAGCAGCUGCCUUACAAAAGAACGGAAUCGAUGUCGUGCAAUUGGAUAACUUUAUUCGCAAUCAAUUCGGUUGGCAAAUGCCUCCAACUUUGGUUCCAUCUACUCCGGUUUCAUCUGUUGCUUCUGUGGAACCCUCUGUUGCUGCCCCUUUAGUGCCAGUUGUGUAAUAUACAUAAUAAUUGUUCUCUUAUGUAAAUAAAUGUACAUUCUGUUCGCUGUUAAUAAAAAAUAAAAUUUCGAAAAAAUAAAUUAUUAAA